ACUGUGCAAGACCAGAAAUUCAAAUCAUUAUAUGUCAUAAUGUUAUGACAAUUACGAUUAGAUAUGAUUACCAGGUUAUCGCGUAAUAAAACGAACAUUUUUGAAAUUCCCUGAAUUUUAGUCUUUAAAAAUAUUAUGGCAUCGAUUCUAGUAAAUAGCCGGUCGGCAACAAUGAACAAAUGUUCCUUGCUUAUCGAACUUUUUUGCACUCCACUACUUACGCGCUUUAAGGCUACAGUCGCAAAGCAAACGCCGGCUGAGUAUUGCUUGGAUUUGGUUAGGAAAUAUGACUACGAGAAUUACCUCUGUGCUUUACUCCUUCCAAACACAGUGCGGUCUGCAGCACUUGCUAUCAGAGCUUUCAAUGUCGAAGUAGCAAGAGUGGAGGAACAAGCAAGUGAGACUACCAUUGGAAAGAUGAGAUUCAAAUUUUGGGAGGAGACACUGGAUAAAAUCUACAAUGACGCUCCACCCAGGAAUCCAGUUGCCUUGGAGCUACAUCGGAUCGUUAGAAAGCAUAAGCUUUCGAAACACUAUUUGAAACGUCUGAUAGCUGCCCGUUCAGACAAACUAACUCUUUCCAUAUUCCCAAGCCUUGAAUCUCUGGAGGCAUAUGCCGAAAAUACAGCUUCACCGGUUUACUACUUGCUACUGGAAGCUAGCGAUAUAAAACAUGUCCGUGUCGACCAUGCGGCCAGUCACUUAGGCAAGGCACACGGAAUUACAAAUAUAAUUCGCUCAAUUCUUUACAAUGCUCAGAGACGGUCAAUCGUUAUCCCCCAGGACAUAAUGAUGAAGCAUAGCCUUUCGACAGAAGAGUUGCUUCGAGGAAAGUCAAGAAAAGCGAUUAGUGAUGCUGUUUUCGAUGUUUCCUCAAGAGCUAAGCUACAUCUCGAAAAGGCACGUUCAUUGCGCAAUGACGUCCCAAAGAAAGCAAACGCAAUUUUUCUCCCAGCUAUCGCAAUCGAUUUCUAUCUAGAACGGCUCAGGCGAGUGGACUUUGAUAUCUAUCAUCCAAGCCUACAACACAGGAGUGCACUUUUACCGAUAAUACUGUUCUGGAAAAAGCUACGUUCUCAUCCAUAUUAAUAAUGUCAAUUGUUGUACAUAUAUUUAAAUAGAAAUAAAUACACAUCGACAAAAAUAAUAC